GGGCGCGGGAGUGCUCACCGGCGCGGCGCUCGCGGGGAGAGGCCGGCUGUGCCCUGCUCGGCCGGCGGAGCUUGAGAGCGAGAUCGGGAGAGAGAUCGAGAGAGAGAGAGAGAGGAGGGAGGCCCCGCCAGCCCCCAGCCGGGGAAAGAAUGUGCCACCAGCUGUUCUGGGCCCGGGAGCGCUUGGGCCACAAGUGAGAAGUUGGGAGGAGACAAAGGCUGCCUGCCGUUGGGACGGAGCAGUUCGGGGACUUGGGCUUGGGAGACAAAAGGUGAGGAGCAGGAGGAGGAGAGGCCGGGCCAUGGCCGCGGGGCAGCCCCGACGCCUGGACGCCCCGGCGGUGGCGCCGUGACACGCACGCUUUCCCGGGACCUGCGGCUGCGCUGACUUCCUCGAGCUCGGCCGGGGCUCGCGGGGCCGCCGAGGGGCUCCGGACAAUGGACACCUUCUUCCCCGAGGGAACACGAGUCUGGCUGAGAGAAAAUGGCCAGCAUUUUCCAAGUACUGUAAAUUCCUGUGCAGAAGGUGUUGUUGUCUUCCAGACAGACUAUGGUCAGGUCUUCACCUACAAGCAGAGCACCAUCACCCACCAGAAGGUGAGUGCCAUGCGCCCCGCGGACGAGGUGGGCGUGGACGACAUGGCCGCCCUGAGCGAGCUGCACGGAGGCUCCAUCAUGUUCAACUUAUUCCAGCGAUACCGGAGGGACCAGAUCUAUACCUACAUCGGCUCCAUCAUGGCCUCCGUGAACCCCUACAAGCCCAUCGCCGGCCUGUACGAGCGCGCCACCAUGGAGCGGUACAGCCGGCGACACCUGGGCGAGCUGCCGCCGCACAUCUUCGCCAUCGCCAACGAGUGCUACCGCUGCCUGUGGAAGCGCCACGACAGCCAGUGCGUCCUCAUCAGUGGUGAAAGCGGGGCUGGGAAAACCGAAAGCACCAAGCUCAUCCUCCAGUUCCUCUCGGUCAUCAGCCAGCAGUCCCUGGACCUGACCUUGAAGGAGAAGACGUCCAGCGUCGAGCGGGCUAUUCUCGAAAGCAGCCCCAUCAUGGAAGCUUUCGGCAACGCGAAGACCGUGUACAACAACAACUCCAGCCGCUUCGGGAAGUUUGUGCAGCUCAACAUCUGUCAGGAGGGCAACAUUCAGGGCGGAAGGAUCCUAGAUUAUUUAUUAGAAAAAAACCGAGUCGUGAGGCAGAACCCCGGGGAGAGGAAUUAUCACAUAUUCUAUGCACUGCUGGCAGGGCUGGAACCUGGAGAGAGAGAAGAAUUUUAUUUAUCUGUGCCUGAAAACUACCAUUACUUGAAUCAGUCUGGAUGUACAGAAGACAAGACAAUCAGUGAUCAGAAAUCCUUCAGGGAAGUGGUUACGGCGAUGGAAGUAAUGCAGUUCAGCAAGGAGGAAGUCCGGGAAGUUCUGAGGUUGCUGGCUGGAAUCCUACACCUCGGCAACAUAGAAUUCAUCACUGCUGGAGGGGCGCAGGUGUCCUUCAAAACAGCUUUGGGCAGGUCUGCAGAGUUACUUGGGCUGGACCCAGCACAGCUCACAGAUGCUCUUACCCAGAGAUCCAUGUUCCUCAGGGGAGAAGAGAUCCUGACGCCUCUCAGCGUUCAGCAGGCGGUGGACAGCCGCGACUCCUUGGCCAUGGCACUUUAUGCGCGCUGCUUCGAGUGGGUGAUCAAGAAGAUCAACAGCAGGAUCAAGGGCCGGGACGACUUCAAGUCCAUCGGCAUCCUUGACAUCUUCGGAUUUGAAAACUUUGAGGUUAACCACUUUGAGCAGUUCAAUAUCAACUAUGCGAACGAGAAGCUUCAGGAAUACUUCAACAAGCAUAUCUUUUCUUUAGAACAGCUAGAAUAUAGCAGAGAAGGCUUGGUGUGGGAAGACAUCGACUGGAUCGACAAUGGAGAAUGCCUGGACCUGAUUGAGAAGAAACUUGGCCUCCUCGCCUUGAUCAAUGAAGAAAGCCAUUUCCCUCAGGCCACCGACAGCACCUUGUUGGAGAAGUUGCACAGUCAACAUGCAAAUAACCACUUUUAUGUGAAGCCCAGAGUUGCAGUCAACAAUUUUGGAGUGAAACACUACGCUGGAGAGGUGCAGUAUGAUGUGCGAGGUAUCUUGGAGAAGAACAGAGACACCUUUAGAGACGACCUUCUCAACCUGCUGAGAGAAAGCAGACGUGACUUCAUCUACGACCUCUUUGAGCACGUCUCAAGCCGCAACAACCAGGACACCUUGAAAUGUGGAAGCAAGCACCGGCGGCCCACGGUCAGCUCCCAGUUCAAGGAUUCCCUGCAUUCCUUAAUGGCAAUGCUGAGCUCCUCAAACCCUUUCUUUGUUCGCUGCAUCAAGCCAAACAUGCAGAAGAUGCCAGGCCGGUUUGAUGAGGCAGUCGUGCUGAACCAGCUCCGCUACUCGGGGAUGCUGGAGACGGUGAGGAUCCGCCAGGCUGGGUACGCAGUCCGAAGACCCUUCCAGGACUUCUACAAGAGGUAUAAAGUGCUCAUGAGGAGCCUGGCUGUGCCCGAGGACGUCCGCGGGAAGUGCACGGCGCUGCUGCAGCUGUACGAUGCUUCCAGCAGCGAGUGGCAGCUGGGCAAGACCAAGGUCUUCUUGCGGGAAUCCUUGGAGCAGAAACUGGAGAAGCUGCGGGAAGAAGAGGUUAACCGGGCGGCCAUGGUGAUCCGUGCCCACGUCUUGGGCUACUUGGCACGGAAGCAAUAUAGAAAGGUCCUUCACGGUGUGGUAACGAUACAGAAGAAUUGCAGGGCCUUCCUCAUGAGGAGGAGAUUUGUGCACCUAAAAAAAGCAGCCAUCGUGCUCCAGAAGCAGCUCCGGGGCCAGCUGGCACGCAGAGCUUACCGGCAGCUGCUGGCCGAGAAACGCGAGCAGGAAGAAAGGCAGAGGCGGGAGGAGGAAGAAAAGAAGAGACUGGAGCAAGAGGAAAGGGAACGAGAGAAGGCGCAGAGAGAAGCCGAGCUCCGCGCGCGGCAGGAGGAGGACGCGAGGAGGCAGCGGGAGGUGGAAGCCUUGCAGAAGAGCCAGAAGGAAGCAGACCCGACCCGAGAACUGGCGAAGCAGCAGGAGAACGAGCAGGUGGAGGCGAUCCUGCGCCUGGAGAAGGAAAUCGAGGACCUGCAGCGCAUGAAGGAGCGGCGGGAGCUGUCCUUGACCGAGGCCUCCCUGCAGAGGCUGCAGCAGCUGCGGGACGAGGAGCUGCGCCGGCUGGAAGACGAGGCUUGCCGCGCCGCCCAGGAGUUCCUGGAGUCCCUCAACUUCGACGAGAUUGACGAGUGCGUCCGCAACAUCGAGCGCUCCCUGUCCGUGGGGAGCGAGUUUGCGGGCGAGCUUGGCGCGCCUGCCGAGAGCAGGGGUGGGGAGAAGCCCAGCUUCAACUUCAGCCAGCCAUACCCCGAGGAGGAGGUAGACGAGGGCUUCGAGGCCGAUGACGACGCCUUCAAGGACUCCCCCAACCCCAGCGAGCACGGCCAUUCUGACCAGCGGACGAGCGGCAUCCGGACCAGCGACGACUCCUCGGAGGAAGACCCCUACAUGAACGACACCAUGGUGCCCACCAGCCCCAGCGCCGACAGCACGGUGCUGCUCGCCCCGUCUGUGCAAGACUCUGCCAGCCUGCACAACUCCUCUAGCGGCGAGUCCACCUACUGCGUGCCCCAGAACACCGGGGACCCGCCCUCCGCGGACGGGGACUACGAUUAUGACCAAGACGACUUCGAGGAUGGCGCCGUCACCUCCGGCAGCAGCGUGGCCUUCUCCAACUCCUGCGGUAGCCACUGGUCCCCGGGCUGCAGAUGCUCCGUGGGCACCUACAACAGCUCUGGAGCGUACCGGCUCAGCUCCGAGGGGGCCCAGUCCUCCUUUGAGGACAGCGAAGAGGACUUUGACUCGCGGUUUGACACGGACGACGAGCUCUCCUGCCGGCGCGACUCCGUGUACAGCUGCGUCACCCUGCCUUACUUCCACAGCUUCCUGUGCAUGAAAGGUGGCUUAAUGAACUCCUGGAAGCGCCGCUGGUGCGUCCUCAAGGACGAGACCUUCCUGUGGUUCCGCUCCAAGCAGGAGGCCCUCAAGCAAGGCUGGCUGCACAAGAAAGGCGGCGGCUCCUCCACGCUGUCGCGCAGAAACUGGAAGCGCCGUUGGUUCGUCCUCCGCCAGUCCAAGCUGAUGUACUUCGAAAACGACGGCGAGGAGAAGCUCAAGGGCACCCUGGACGUGCGGAGCGCCAGGGAGAUCAUAGACAACACCAGCAGAGAGAACGGGAUCGACAUCAUCAUGGCCGACAGGACCUUCCACCUGAUCGCAGAGUCCCCGGAGGACGCCAGCCAGUGGUUCAGCGUGCUGAGUCAGGUCCACGCGUCCACAGACCAGGAGAUCCGAGAGAUGCACGACGAGCAGGCCAACCCCCAGAACGCUGUGGGCACGUUGGACGUGGGACUGAUUGACUCCGUGUGUGCCUCCGACAGCCCUGACAGACCCAACUCCUUCGUGAUCAUCACGGCCAACCGGGUCCUGCACUGCAACGCAGACACGCCGGAGGAGAUGCACCACUGGAUAACGCUGCUGCAGAGAUCCAAGGGCGACAACAGGGUGGAGGGCCAGGAGUUCAUCGUGAGAGGCUGGCUGCACAAGGAGGUGAAGGGCGGGCCCGCGGUGUCCUCGCUGAAGCUGAAGAAGCGGUGGUUCGUGCUCACGCACAACUCCCUGGACUACUACAAGAGCUCAGAGAAGAGCGCGCUGAAGCUGGGCACGCUGGUCCUCAACAGCCUGUGCUCAGUCGUGCCCCCGGACGAGAAGAUAUUCAAAGAGACAGGCUACUGGAACGUCACCGUGUAUGGGCGCAAGCACUGUUACCGGCUCUACACUAAACUUCUCAAUGAGGCUACCCGGUGGUCCAGUGCCAUUCAAAACGUGACCGACACCAAGGCUCCAAUUGACACACCCACUCAGCAGCUGAUUCAAGAUAUCAAGGAGAACUGCCUGAACGCAGACGUAGUGGAGCAGAUUUACAAGCGGAACCCGAUCCUGAGAUACACCCACCACCCCCUGCACUCCCCGCUCCUGCCCCUCCCGUACGGGGACAUCAAUCUCAACCUGCUCAAAGACAAAGGCUACACGACCCUUCAGGAUGAAGCCAUCAAGAUAUUCAACUCCCUCCAGCAGCUGGAGUCCAUGUCCGACCCUGUCCCCAUCAUCCAGGGCGUCCUGCAGACGGGCCACGACCUGCGUCCCCUGCGGGACGAACUGUACUGUCAGCUCAUCAAGCAGACCAACAAGGUGCCGCAUCCCGGCAGCGUGGGCAACCUGUACAGCUGGCAGAUCCUGACCUGCCUCAGCUGCACCUUCCUGCCCAGCCGGGGCAUCCUCAAGUACCUCAAGUUCCACCUGAAGAGGAUACGGGAACAGUUUCCAGGAACAGAGAUGGAAAAAUACGCCCUCUUCAUCUACGAAUCUCUCAAGAAAACCAAAUGCAGAGAGUUUGUGCCUUCCCGAGAUGAAAUUGAAGCCCUGAUUCACCGGCAGGAAAUGACCUCCACCGUUUACUGCCACGGUGGAGGCUCGUGCAAGAUCACCAUCAACUCCCACACCACAGCUGGGGAGGUGGUGGAGAAGCUGAUCCGGGGCCUCGCCAUGGAGGACAGCAGGAACAUGUUCGCCCUGUUUGAGUACAACGGACACGUGGACAAGGCCAUCGAGAGCCGGACCAUCGUAGCUGAUGUUCUGGCAAAGUUUGAAAAGCUGGCGGCCGCGUCGGAAGCCGGGGACUCGCCGUGGAAAUUCUACUUCAAGCUCUACUGCUUCCUGGACACGGACAGCGUGCCAAAAGACAGCGUGGAGUUCGCGUUCAUGUUUGAGCAGGCCCAUGAAGCUGUCAUCCACGGUCACCACCCGGCGCCCGAAGAAAACCUGCAGGUGCUGGCCGCCCUGCGGCUGCAGUACCUGCAGGGGGAUUACGCGCCGCACGCGGCCGUCCCGGCCCUGGAGGAGGUGUACGCGGUGCCCCGGCUCAAGGCCCGCAUCAGCCAGUCCACCAAAACCUUCGCGCCGGGCGAGCGGCUGGAGAAGAGGCGCACCAGCUUCCUGGAGGGCACGCUGCGGCGGAGCUUCCGCCCCGGGGCGGCCGGGCGGCAGAAGGCGGACGGGGAGCAGAUGGUGGACAUGUGGGUCAAGGAGGAAGUCGGCUCCGCCCGGGCCAGCAUCAUUGACAAAUGGAAGAGGUUCCAGGGAAUGAGCCAGGAGCAAGCCAUGGCCAAGUACAUGGCCCUGAUCAAGGAGUGGCCCGGCUACGGCUCGACGCUCUUUGACGUGGAGUGCAAGGAAGGAGGCUUCCCGCAGGAGCUGUGGCUGGGCGUCAGCGCGGAGGCCGUCUCCGUGUACAAGCGCGGGGAAGGCAGGCCGCUGGAAGUCUUUCAGUACGAGCACAUCGUCUCUUUUGGGGCGCCCCUGUCCAACACGUACAAGAUCGUGGUUGAUGAGCGGGAACUGCUCUUCGAGACCAGUGAGGUGGUGGACGUGGCCAAGCUCAUGAAAGCCUACAUCAGCAUGAUCGUGAAGAAACGCUACAGCACCACGCGCUCCGUGAGCAGCCAGGGCAGCUCGAGGUGAGGACCGGAAGGAGCCCGCGUGUCCUCGUAGCUGGGCGUGCCACCCUCCGCUGGGGCGGGUCCGGAGCCCGAGCCCGAGGCAGAGCAGCCCAGGCCCUGGGAAGCCCCUCGCGGGAGGCAGGAGUCUCCAGGCUUCCUUCAGCCCCGUCAGCUUCAGCAAUCACGUAUUAAGCUGUUGACCUAACAGCCUGCACAAUGUCCAAAGCUUUACCACUCGCAGAUGACACAUGCCUUAAAAAGAAAGAGGGGGAAGUACCCACGCUGCCACCAAAGCAGCCCGAAGUGCCUUAACCUGCGGAGCCGCCCUCAUCGGCCUUAACCAUGCUACUGAAGGCAAGCGCCUCCCGGGGGUCUCGCGGAGCUUGGAAGGGGGCACCCACCACCCAUUUAUGCACUAACCUCCCAGCCUGAUUUCCCCAGUGAGGGAAGGUGAGGGAGCGGGGAGGGAGACAGCAGAGGGGCAGCGUGUUUUAGCUGAAGGGCUGCUGGCAGCCUUCCUGGCAAACGUGUGUUAGCUUCUCGCUUUGUUUCAGGUUCCAAGCGCCUGCACUUGCCCGUGCACGCAUGUGUUUGUAAACCCCACACUUCAAUCAUUGUUUCGUGAGCAUUAAACACAAAGGGAAAAGAACGUGCAAUGUGUAAACAAUCUGUAUAUUUUAAUAGUUCAGAGUUUUAGUCUCUGAUGGUUACUUUAUAAGGUGGUUUUGUUAACUAAUCGGAAUCCUGGAUUUUCCUGUCUUUGCUGUAUCUUGACUCAGUUUUUGUUUUACAUGUAGCACGGGCUGCAGUCUGUCUGCUGUAUUACAAUCAGAUCGGCGGCCCACGCGAUGACUGUAUUUAUAAACCACUCAGACUGCUGGCUCUCGUGCUGUUCUUAGGACAUAUUGGAGUCUUUCAUUUCUAAGAGCUAAGUUAAUUUGUUUUUUCUUGAAAGUUAGCUCAUAGCACUUGGAUAGACUGUAGCUAUAACCAUGUUGAAUGUGGGGGAAACUGCUGCCCUCCUGAACGGAGCGUGUGAGCAAACCUCUAAAGGACCCUGACAUGAAAUGCCGAGGCUUUAAUAAAACACACACAGUAUUUUGUCCCAAUUUUAUAACAGUGGUCUGAACCAGGCACCUGUACAUAAAUCAGCAUUAAUGACAACAUGAAAAUUAAUCUGGACUUGGACUUCUAUUUUUAUAUGGAAAAUUCUAAAGACAGACAAACUCAGUCUGCUCACAAGGGAAAAUCAAGUUUGCCUUAUCUCUGGACCCCGUGCGAAAGUGCCGUUUGUUGGCUCACAGGAAGUCUGACAAUAAAAGACACUAGUGAA